AUGUGUCGUAAUGAACAAAUGUUUACCUCGUAUUACGAGUCGUUACGUCGGGAACAACAGCCGGAGGAGGUGGCGGGACAAGACGGGAUUGAGGAGCCAUCGGGUGAAGCAGAAGGGUCUGGCCAAGGCAGCGGCGGGUCCAAGAAAAGGCGAAAGUACUCCCCUGUUGUUGAGAAAAGGAACUCGGCAGACUCAAACCCUCUGUUCGAGCAAGAGACGGUCGAUGAGCUGCAAGAUCUCGAGGACCUAGAGGAUUUGGAAGGUUUAAGUAGAAAGGGUAUCAAGUACACCCCAUUUAAGCUGACAAAUGAUUUACCAAAUUGGAAGACUGGUGAUUUUUUUAAGGAUAGAGAAUUUUUUUUCAAGGUUAUUCGACAGUACGCAAUAAUGACGAGACGCCCUGUACAUGUGAAGCAAAAUGAUGGCAAAAGACUUCGUGCUAUUUGUAGAGGAAAGUCUUGUGAAUGGUAUGUAUAUGCAAGACGGGUCGAAGCCCACAACGAUACCGAUUUUGUUGUACUGAAUAUGCAUAGAGACCAUGCACACACAUGCUCUCAAGUGUUGGAUCAGAGAUGGCUGACGUCAAAAUGGCUAGCUGAGCGAUACAUGGAGAAGAUAAAAUUGAAUCCCCAUAUCCCAUUGGCAGCCAUAAGGCAGUGUGUGGAUGAGGAGUUCGGACUCCGAGUUGGCAGGAUGAAGGCGUACCGAGCAAGAGACAGUGCAUUGGAAGGUAUUUUUGGCAAGGCGGGACUCCAGUAUCAUAGACUUUUCGAUUACAAAGCUGAACUGGAAUGGACACACGCUGACUCUAGUGUGCACAUUCACUACGAGAACUUCAGGGAUCCCGAAGUUGUGGGCCCAGGCCAACUUAUGACGGCCAUAGGAAUUGAUCCAAAUAAUGGUUGGUGGCCUAUUGCAUGGGCGGUGACUGAGGCCGAAAGCUACGAACAGUGGAAAUGGUUUUUAGGCUAUCUGGUAGAGGACCUCCUCAUACAUGAAAAUGCCCCCAGAUUUGUCUUCAUGUCUGACCAGCAAAAGGGUCUUGCAAAGGUAAUCCUUGAGGAGUUUCCACAGAGCGAGCAUCGCUUCUGUGUGCAGCACAUAUACAACAACUUUAAGAAGCGUUUCAUCGGAGAGAAUUUUAAGGAGAUUUUGUGGGAGCUGGCGGAAUAUGUUGAGAGGAUGAAUGCACUGCGGAUUAUAUAUCCACAAGCACCUCAAUACCUACUCGGCGUAGCUCCCAAGGAAAAAUGGGUGAAGGCUUAUUUCUCUCCGCAUGUUUGCUGUGAUGUUAUCCUCAAUAAUAUCUGCGAGACCUUUAAUUCGAAGAUAGCAAUUGCUCGUGAGUUGGACAUUGUCACCAUGUUGGAUGAGAUCAGGACAAGUCAAAUGGAGAGGAUACAGAUCAGGGGCCAGUGGAUCAAGACGUAUGAUCAUGCCCUGCCGCCUGUUAUCAAAGAGAUUGUUGAUAAGUAUUUGGCGAGGGCUUCUUCAUGGAGACCCACAUGGAACGGACAAGAUUCUUACCAACUCUCUGGACCGUCAGGUCAGUACGUAGUAAACAUGCGGGAAUUUACUUGUUCUUGCAGACUUUGGCAGCUGAAUGGAAUCUCAUGCACUCACGCCAUCGCUACAAUCAACAAGAAUGGUAAGGAUGUAUCUGACUAUGUCUACCGCUAUUAUUUGCGGUCCACCAUGACGCUAUUGUACGAGAAUGUCCUCUACCCAAUCAACGGGAUGGAUAAUUGGUCGAAGAACUCAGAAGUUGGAUUUGAACUGGCACCUCCUAGAACAAAGUGGCAACGUGGAAGGCCAAAAAAAUUGAGGCGUGAAGAUCCACAGGUUCGUCAGCAUGCAAAUGGUUCUGAGUCUUUGCGCCGAACCUUUAUACUCAGGUGUCGUCGGUGUGGACAAGAUGGGCAUAACAGAAGAACAUGCACUAAUGAUCCUCGUAUAGAUGCCCGGACCGAAGUUGGACAGAGUUCAAGUUCACAGCCCAGUGAUCCUAGUGAGCCACCCACUGUUCCAAGGCCCAACACUCGUCGGGCUACGCGGUCAAGCCAGGAGGUAAUGACCACCAUCACCUUUCGUUUUGAUAAACAUUGA